AGAAAUGGGAGGGAAGGAGCAGGGGCGAGGAAGUCGAACGGCUUACCUAAGGAAAUAAGGAAAUGACUUAGCUGAGGAAACGCGCGUGUACAUUUGUGGGGUCUGUGCGCUCCGUGCAACUUCUGAAAGAUUUCCAAUGGGGCGAGGAGCAGGGAGCUGCUCUUCUUGUAACUCGCUGGACUCUGAGAUAGACCCAACCCGUCCAUUCACCCUUCUACCCUUCAAUCCGCCCUUCCAUCCACCUACUUCCUCACCUCCUCCCCCAUCGCGAAUACACACGCCUACGCAUGCCUACGUACGCCUACACACACCAGCAUCCACGCAAACACCCGCACAUCCGCACACUCCCUCCACGUCGCUGUUGAAUCGAGAACGCGAUCGCGCAGGGCGUCUCCGGGACAGCCCCGCCAGCGACGAGCCUCCCGUCGCCCAUCGCGCCAGUCGCUUCAACAACGCCAUUCCCGGAACCAUCGCGUCGCCCUCUCCAUUGUCCCGCUGUCGGAUGGGUGUGAUCAAGUCCAGCGUGACAGGCUCUAUGCCUGCCCGGGUACUGAAAGGAGCAGCCUGCUAGACGAACCUAGGCCCAUCUUGCCAACCGACUCUACCGCGGCCCUGUUCUCUCCACCAAGCCUGACCUAGAACACCUAACCAUCCGCGAGAGGAGAGGAAAAAAUUUACCAAAACCCAACCAAGCGCAUUCCCGCGACAGUCUCGUCCACCUUCUCUCCAUCAUGUCGCAUCCUCAACCACCCAUACCCCAGAGGCAGUUCUCGCCGCAACAUUCUCCAGGUACUCCUACUUACCAACUCCCUCCCACCAAAAGAGCCAAGUUGUCUCCCGGUCCUCCUUCCAACCCAGCUUCUCCGUACCCGACAUACGCGGCAAGCCCUCAGGCCACCACGCCCGCAGCGCAAUCCCCGGCCCCCAGCCAACCCACGAAUCCCCAGGCUCCUCCGAGCUCGCUCUCUGCCACGCCAUAUCAGCAGAUCAAUGGCCGAUCCACCUCCGUCGGGCAUACCCUGACGAUGCCAUCAGCUUCGCCGACCACUACUCAGGCGCCCCCCCGGAACUCGACGCCGACUACAUCUAAUUUUACACACGCCAUCUUCUCGACCGCCGAGCUCGCUCCUAUUACCACCGAUUUUGCCGCACUGCCGACUCUGACUCCAGCCAUCACCAGCAUGGGUCCUCCGACGAACCCGACAGCGGCCUCGAGCGACGCGCUGAAGCAAGGGUCGAAACCUACCACGAGCAAGACCGUCUCGUAUGAAAUGGAUGAUAUGCUCAUGGGUACGGGCAUCGAUCUAGACGAAGAGGCGGAGUACCUAAACAACAUAGAAUCCCGUGGCUUUCCGCACCAUCGUCCCGGCAAGCGGGAUACUUUCUACGGUGCCGGACCAGCCAACCAACCCGCGCAGCCUACGGACGCUCAGACCCAAGAAGACCACGCAGCAGAAACUGCAGAUCGGGUCUGGAAUGAGGCGGCUGAGCGACUAGCUGUAAGCAGGAGCCACGAAGUUGCGAACCACUUGUUGGAGCCUGGCGUAGUGCACAAGCGACUGCAGGAGGUUGCGAGUAAAUUCGGAUUGGGCUUGAACUUGGAUCUGAAGCCAGACGGAAAGAGCCAGUACAUAGGAAGAUUUGCCAACCCUUCUGACUUUCCCAAGCCUGAGCUCAAGGUCUUAUACCAGAAGGGACCUGACGGCGGAAUCGUGCAGACGCUUGGCUCGUUCGUGCCCAAGGAUGCGUUCCUGAUCGACCAAAUCGCGCUGCUCUCGAUAGGGACGAAGCAGCGCUUGCGCGAGCUCCUUAGCGACGCAAACAAGGUCGCCACUAUCCGGCAGACGAGUUCCCACGGAGUGGUUCCGGAGGAAUGGAUCGAUGCGGCCGCUCCGCAGCCGGCUCCAGUAGGCGGAGCCGAAGGCCAGAGCCCGCGGACGGGUGCGGAGAGCGCGGUUAGCCCCCGCGCGAAUCCGCAUAAACGCUCGGCGGAUGACAUCAGCAACGGACUCCCCACGCCAGUUUCGGAAGCCCCAGCUUCUAAUUUCAUGGUGGAAGCCAUGCUGAGCAUCAACAAGGCAUCGCGAAACGCGGAGGAGGGACGGCUGCGAAAACGACUCAAGCGGGCGGAGAAAGUUGCCGAGAAGGACAAGGAGGGCGGCGACGGCGGAUCGCGCGCUGGGUCUGUUGCGCCGGGCACUCCUGGAUCUAUGACGGCAGAACAGGGCGAAUCUAAGGCGCCUACUAAGAAGGAGAGCAAGAAAGCUGCCAAGCUCGCCGAAGCUAAUAGUACUACGGUGAACCAGACGCUAGGUCUCUUCGCAGGCGGGAAGAAGAAGAGAUAUUCAUGGAUGACGAGCGCGGGUGGCACCGGCGGGGCAAGCACACCAAGGCCCCAGGGCGGCGGCGCUUCCGGCGCGCCUGGCUCUACGGCUGGCGGCGGCAAUCGAGCUACCCGUGGCCCGCUCACGAAAGCCAGCGUCACGCACAUCGGACAAUUCCGCGAAGAUUCGGACAAGGGAAAGAACAUACAGCUCCGGGAUUGGGUAGCGGUCCUAGAAGAACGCGGCUUCGACCACAAGUCAUUACAGCAAGCAUACGGUCUCAUGGACAAAUCCACGAAGGCUAUAACAGAAAGUACAACAUGAUCAGGACACAGCUCAACUCGGAAGAAGAGGGCGGGCGCGUACAAGCCGCAACCUGGGGCGAAGCUUGGUUUAACUGCCCGGCCCAUGUGCAUUGACUAACCCUAUUUUCUACGUUUAGCCAGGCGUUCUGCGUCAGAGGACAUUAGGAGGCAUAGCCAACUUAAACAUUCCCCCUCCCCGCCUCCCCGCCUCCCCUAGAGACGGGCAGAUGGCCAGGAGGUAACGAGAGGUAACGAGAAGUGUGCAUUGGGGUGGUUUUCCCCGUCUGUACGUUCGUCCUGAGAGGUCUAGCCACCAGGGGCCUGUCGUGUCUGAAGGGGUAGUAAUCGUACUAGGUUAGAUAGCCGCUCUGGGGAAUCGUGGUCAGCAUGCGCAAAAGGGGGGGGGCACUCGGUAGCGUUUCUGGGUGGCAUCUAGACCGACGCAAGCAACUUGCGAGUGAAUAAAGAUCAAGCCAAUAAAGAAGAGGUCGGCGACGGCGAGUAGCAUUACGCGCCAAGACCUACGUUAUCCGCAGUACAUGCAUACCUCUAUACCUGCCAAUCGCUCUCUGAACCUACCUGGGGCACCCAGUCCCCGCGGAU